GGCCCCUUGGGCCGGCAGGUCAGUCGGCGGGCGGACGGUGAGGGCGGAGGUUUUGCUGCUGUUGUUGCUCCUGCUGCUGCUCCGUCUGGAAGGAGAGCGAGAGAGGGAGGGGGUUUUGAUUGGACUGGUUUUCCCACCCCCUUCCCCCCCCCACCUCACCCGGGUUUAGGAUGGCGGACAGCGGCCUGGGCGAGUGGUACCGCAAUAUCCCCCUGGUGACCAGGUACUGGUUCACGGGCAGCGUGAUCCUCCCUGUCCUGGAGAGGCUCAACAUGGUGAGCGCCAGGACCCUGGUGCUGUGGGCCGAGCCUUUCUUCAACAAUUUCCAGAUAUGGAGGCCAAUAACUGCAAGCCUGUUUUACCCAAUGGGAUUCCAUUACUUGAUUCAGCUGUACUUCCUGUAUUCAUAUUCCUCGAGCUUGGAAAGAGGGUUCUUUGAUGGAAGAACAGCAGAUUACAUUUUCAUGUUGUUUUUCAACUGGAUUUGCACAGUGAUAGUUGGAUUAACUAUGGGAAUGCUUAUCCUUUUUGUCCCCCUUGUUUUGACCGUGGUGUAUGUGUGGGCACAACUCAACAAAGACCAGAUUGUAACGUUUUGGUUUGGGAUGACAUUUAAGGCUUGUUAUCUACCUUGGGCCCUGCUAAUAUUCAACUUUAUUCUAAGAAAUUCGGUAAUGGAUGAGCUUGUUGGUAUCUUUGUUGGCCACAUGUACUACGUCCUGAUGUUUAAAUACCCUCAAGAAUAUGGUGGAAGAACAUUUCUUUCUACACCGCAGUUUCUGUCUCGAUGGUUCCCUCCGAGAAGGGGUGGCAUAUCCGGUUUUGGAGUCCGACCGGCUAGCAGGAGACCACCAGCUGAGGAUCAGGGGAAUCGAUGGGGGAGAGGCUAUUUCUGGGGACAGGGCCAAAGAUUAGGAGACAACUGAACAUCUCUUCUAUUGAAGGGCCGAAUACCUACAUUUGUGUCAUUUACAGUACAAUAUGUGUUUACUAAGAGUAUUGUGUGUUCUGGGAUCACAGUUGAAAGUUUUAAUGAUUGUGGGACGCUAGUAGGGAUGCCAUGUCUACUUAGCUGCUAAAGAAAGGACAAGAAAUAUUGAUAUGGAAAUGUACAAAUGUAAAUCUCCUGUAGACUAAGUACUAUAAAUCUGAUCUUUAUGGCAGAAUCUAAUUUUCAGAAGAUUUUUGUAGAGUAAAUCAAAAUUUGUAACCUGAUUUUUUUUUUUAAAGUUGACCAGUCUGAACAGGCAGAUAUUCUUCCAGUUACUAAAGUUGAACCUUGACUACCCAUUGUAACAGGCCAUUUUCCUUUUACAACUUCCUUGGGGCAUAAUAGAGACCAUCGGGAAAAGCAGGAUUCCCCGAAUUACUGAUUUCUCUACUGCUUGAAUGGGCAGGGUCUGCAUUGAUCAGGGUAGCAGGGAAAUCGCUAGAGUGGAGUGCAUGCACGCACCACCCUUUCUGAAUUCUGUUCCAGUUUUAUGACCAACUUUCUGGGGCCUACAGCAGAACUAAAUACUGAAGUUACUUUGCUGGGGACUGCUGUAUGUUUGUGGUGUUGGGAGAGGGUGUGGGAAGGCAAGCUGUCAGUGAGGGAUUAUAUUCUGAAACACACCACCAGCUCCCCUUGAUCACCCCUCAGAAGCUGGGUUGUCAAUGUUCUACUGUGUUGCUUUUUAUGGUUCUUUCACAGGUUUCUAACGUGUGGUUAAUUGACUGCUUCUUUUAGUUUUUUUUAUAUUCAGCGAGGGUGAAAAGUAGAAAGUCAGUCAGCAAAUAGAGAAUAAUGUUUAAUCACUUUAUUUUUGCUAAUUUCUUAGCCUAUGUUAUGGUUAGAGUUAUUGCCAAAUUGUAUCUCUACCUGUAUUUGAGAUCUUAAACCAAAUGGGCGAUUCUCUUGAAUUGGAAUCCUUAACGUCAUGAAUAGAAAUAGUGUUUCCAGGGGUGGAUGGGACAGCUCAGCAAAUGCUGAUUAUAUGUACAGAUUAGGAGCAAGAGUAGGCCAUUCAGCCCCAUGAACCUGCUCCUCUGUUUUCCCCUGUUUUUGAUUCUUUGCUGCUGCCUCUUUUCCAGGUCACUGAAUGGCACCAAGGAGAGGCUGGCAAACUGGGGCAUGUGCCAGCAUUACGCUCAAGCUGGCCACUAAGGAGAAGCCCCAUUUGUUUCCCCAACUCCUGACCUGCAUUUGGUGCUGGCUUGUGAAAAGGAAUGGUAUUGGGUCAAUCAUGGUAGAAACCUCCCAUUGUUCCUUGGUGUCCUGCUGUCUAGUUCCUUGUUUUGAUUUGGAGGUUAUGGAUGAAGCGGUGAUAGAGACCCGGGGAAUAUAUUUACAAAGACUGCUUUUGUAAGGAGAGUUGAGCUGCAGCAAUCAGGUGACCAGAAAUGCCAAAGACACGCUCAUCUCUUGAACACAAUAAUGUUCCCUCCUCGAUCCUAAUCAAUGCUUCUCUUCCAUAUUGACAUAUACUUUAUUGUUUAAACAAGCUUGUCAUAGGUAAUAUUCAACAUUCAUCUUAAAAAAAACUCAUCUGAAUUUCAUAACUCCAAUAAGUAACCUAAAAUAUGUCUUAAUGCCUGCGCUUGCUGUGAAUUUUUUCUAUUCUAAAUUCCUGUGUCCCUAUUAAUAAUGGAAGCUUGUGGCCCUGUAGUUAGCAUCCCCUGCCAGUGGAGGCAGUGCGAUGCCACAUGUGACAGGAGGACCUAACUGCAGUGUGCAAAGUUUUCAUGGCUACUUUGCAUUAUAAAUGCAAAGAACAUGCAACUUUUUACAGUGGGGAAGAAAUUACAUCUUCACUUCCUACCCUUAAAUCCUGCUGCACCCCAGAGCUGCAUUUUGUUGACUGCCUGUAUGCUAUGGAAGAUCAACUAGUGUACUGAACGCCGUUAAAUUUAGGAAUGUUAAAGAAGUAGCUUUCGGACAGCAGUAACCGCACUGUCCAGUUCUAAAUAAUCCAUUUACAUUGUUGCUGCAAGCAAAUUGUAAAGGCAAGUUCUGCAAGUGAAUGGAGGUCAAAGUUGAUAGGGUAAUAUCAAUUCUUUGACCUUCAAUCCCUUUAAGUAGUGGUGGGAGUGUGGAAUUGGUGAAUUAACACACAUUAUUCCGUAUUAAGCUGGACUCUUUUCUGCUUAAUUCACUUCAAAGUCAAAUGCUAAUGUGUGAUAGUGUAGAUUCUCCAUUUGACAGUUCAAUUGCCCUUUUAACCCAAGGCUUCAAACAUGAUGCUCAGUUCAUCAAAUCUAGGCACAUCCACAAGAAACAAAUUGGACUGUUGCCCUCCUAACCUGCGACUAUUGUCUAGACACUGGAGACAUGGGAACAACAAUUUAACAGCACAGUCUUACUAGAUUGCCUGUGAUUACAGGGUUUCAUUAUUAAUGAAUUUGAAAGCCUCGAACCUCCCUUUUCUUUGUGGUUGGUUUAAAUGUGGUACAUAAGAUUUCCUUUUUCAACUUGGAUUGGAAUGUGUGUGCACGCACUCAGAAAAUGUGUUUCAAUGUUUCCUAAAUCACAGGAUGCCCCAGAUGGAUGAGGAAUGUUUUUUAUUUGUUUUCUGCAACCUGUGAAAGAUUAUUUCUUUCUGCAAUGUGUUAGAUUAAAUAAGGGUUUUUUUGUGCUUGUUCUCUUCCACUGGGGAAGGUUGAAUGUGUAAAUAAAAGAUUACUGGUGAAACCUCAAAGGAUAUACAGUUAGUGUACACCGGUCCCUUGAGCUGUUCUGUAUAAAAGAUGUAUGCUUUUGUAAUUAAAUCACAAACUGCUGAACUUCUCAAAUCA